AUGGUCCGCUUAGAUUCUCUGACAGCUUUGGCACUGGGCAGAGGACCUUACGAGGAUGAAGUCAUCCGCAGUGAUGAUAAUCCUUCAUCUUCGUCGACUGGUCAGCAGUACAACGAACAUGGCCAUCCGCGCAACCCAGAAACCAAACGUCGGGAACGAGAACACGUGAGAGCUGCCAAUGAAGUGAUGCAAGUCACUGGUGUUGUUGAAGAUUCCUUGGCCGCAAAGGUCAAGGCGGCUGAGUACCAAGCAGAGAAGAAUGAGGAAACAUUAAGUGGCAUCCGUGCGAUGGAGUAUGGGCGAGCUGUGUUGGUCGGUGGGAUAUGGGGUGUCCUUGGACUUCGACGACGAAUUUUGAUUUAUCGAUCUUAUGCAGACACCGGACUUUUGGAGAUUAUCAGGCGUGAGAGCCGAGAAACAAGUGCUUUGCAGGUUAUUACUUCAGGACUACCUGCUGUUCUUGCAUAUCACCUAGCUGAUUGGAUCCAUUUCUUUGGAGAAAAUGUCACAGAAGCUAUAUGGGAUGAAGAGGAUGAGAAUGGGAACGCGAUUGUUUUGCCGCCUGCUCAAUUACGAUGGAAGUAUUCGAUUCAGCAUAUCUUGAACGUUGGGUUCGGAUUUAUCACCUUGCAUUUCCGUCUCUUCGCCAUUCUUCAACAGUUACACCUCAUCCCCGGAUCCCAGCUCAUGCCUACUGCACGAUCGUUCAUUCCGUUCUCCGCGCACUCUCCCAUCCAAGCGCCUCCAUUUCCUUUACCAAUCGGGGCCAGUUCGCUUGCAUCGUGGUCGUUGGUAGCAGCGAAAUCACUCAUCCCACUGCUUGUUAUUUCAGGUAAUGGAUGGAUAAAACAUAUCGUAGCAAGGAAUCUGUAUCAGCCAAUUUAUCUAAAUCUACCCCGGCCAAUCGGAGAGAGUAUCUUUGCAGGAAUGUCAAUAUCUCCUUCGGCAGAGUUCGACACACCAGAUCGCCACCAGCAGGAUCGAAAUAAUGUUCAAGACGAGCCGACUCUUCGUGCGUUAGAAGGCCUUCCUGUGCUUGAGCGAAUGGAAACCACUAGGCCGACCGAGCGAGAAAAUGAAUCUGGACCUGAAGAUGAGAGAGAGCCAGCUGCAACAUUAAUCAGCCUUGAAGUCGAUGCAACUGAGCUUGACUCUACCCCAGGACCGCAAGGCAGUUGGUCAGCGGAAUUACGUGCAGCAAACGAACCUAAACAAUCCAACGAGACUCGGUACCGAGUUACCGGACUGACUCUGCUUCCCGCCAUCAUGGCAACUGAGGGUAUUAGGGAGGUUGUGGCAGGGCUUAUUGUCAUGCCAGUAGAAGCUCUUGUUAUGAGGGUGAUCGGUCGCGCAUAUCGACACAGCGCAGGGGCUCCUACGGCGGACAUGUACACAUUAACUUCAACCAUAAGGGAUCUAGGACUUCGCGGUACCGGGAACAUUGUAUCCGCCCUCGUACUGCAGCUAGGAAUUACAGGCUUGGUAUGGGCUGGUUUUACAAUUGUUUCUCAACGACUGCUAUCCAAAAAGAAGACGGACAGCCCAAGAAACACAAUGGUUGUCAGGUGA